AUGUGGAGCUCCUUUCUUGAUUCACGCUUCUCAAUCAAGAAGGACAAAGGCUUCCAUCUGAUAAUCUCAGAUACAACACUGGCAGACUCAGCAAUGUAUUACUGUGCAGGCUUGUGGAAUUAUGUGGUUCAUUUUGGAAAUGGAACGUUUUUAACACUGAAAGAACAGCAGGAGUCUAACAGCAGGACAGUAGUGCAGCAGCCCGUGUCUGAGCCAGUGCAGCCAGGAGACUCUGUGACUCUGCAGUGUACAAUAGACACUGAGACCUGUGCAGGAGAACACAGUGUGUACUGGUUCAGACAGGGCUCAGGAGAGUCCUCUCCAGGAGUCAUUUACACCCAUGGAAACAGCAGUGAUCAGUGUGAGAGGACCUCUGGGGCUGGGUCACCUACACAGAGCUGUGUCUACAAGCUCCCCAAGACGAACCUCAGUCUCUCUGAUGCUGGGACUUACCACUGUGCUGUGGCCACCUGUGGGGAGAUCCUGUUUGGGAACGGGACCAGGCUGGAUGUUGAAGAGGGUGUAAAUCACAUUGUCUUUGGCUUGGGAGGAGCCUUGGUUUUGUGUGUUAUUGGGAUCAUUGUCCUCAUCUGCACUAGAAACAAGACAGAGUGCUGUGAACAUUGUACAGAGUGA